GAUUAUCAGUUAUAUUUUAGAUCCCAAACAGUAAACACCGUUCAGCGGAGCAAAAUUUUGUACAACUUUUAUUUGGUCAAAAAAAAAAAAAUCGAAAGAAAAACUGUUUCUUUUUCACCACUUUCCCAAAUUAUUUGUAUUUAGGAUUUACUCAACCGCAACUCACAAUAUGUCGAAUUCGUUUUCGUACUGGAAUGGCCAGCCGUUGAAUGCUCCCGUUUAUCCGCAGAUGGGUGACUUCAUGCAGCACUCUGCCGCUGGAGCAGCCGCUCCACCACCACUAUCAGCAACAGCAGCAGCACCAGGAUUAGGAUCAGCCGGCGGACUAGGAGGUUGGCCUAGCCAGGGCGCAGCUCAGGCACACUCCAUGCUACCAUACGCCGGAGGAGCCGGUGGCAUGCCGGCUGCCAUGCCGGGUGCCAUGCCGGGCGUCAUGCCGGGUGCCAUGUCGGGUGCCAUGCCGGGUGCCAUGCCGGGUGCCAUGUCGUGUGGCAUGCCCAUUACAGGAGCCCAGCAUAUAGUGCCGCCACCCGUGGACCGUUCAAUAUAUGGAGACAUACCCGGACGAAAUGAACCGUGCAUCGACAAUGGCGAAGCCUUCUGCGCCUACAACGGCAUGGACAUGAGCAUGAACUACGGCGGAGGCAGUGCAUCCAAGGGUGGCUUCUGGUAGGAUCGAUGCCACGAACAAUGACAGCACGAGCAUCUUCACCGAACGACUAAAGUGAAUCGCAUAUGGGCCAUAUACAUACACAAUUAGUUUUCGAACCAAACGUCCGUUUUGUGCAGCUCAAACGACUCGUACUUGGCGAAAAUGUAUAAAAUAAAUGUCAUAAAUCCAUAAGAUAUGAAAAUAAUCAGUUGGCAC